GAAUGAAACCUUCUGGAUUCGCAAGCAAGACGCCUGGUUCGAGCAUUUCAUCAUCCCUCUAUCACGCUGCAAGCCUCCCUCGCAACGGCCCUGCCACCAUCAGGUCGCAACAACGAAUCAAGCCCCCGAUAUACGCAUCGACUUCCCCAACCAGCCAUUUGCAAGCACACCUCGCGACUUAAACGCAAUUCAGGUUACCGGCCUAACAUUACUGCGCCGCCAUCAAGUCACCUACGAGUUCCCUGCGCUUUCUUAUUACCCUUCCUCUAUCGAUGAGCCCUUUUUGAGUUUUCCGGUCCAACAUUUGAUGAGUGCAGGAUCUGGAAUUUCAAACCCGACACUUCUGUGCUCUACAUUAUACCAGUGUCCCUUCUUGCUCUUCGAUGCUCCUGUUCGACGAAAAAACUGCUCCGCGCUCACCUCGCCACCAUGCCUCGGACGCCCUCGCCCUCCCACCUCAAUAUGACGCCACCGGGUGAAGAGAUACCCAUGAACGAAACCAAACCUCAAGCCGAGUCAGAACCAGAAGCAGAGUCUCCGGCAACCAACGUUGAGGCCCAGGACUUUGCUUCGCCCAAGAGUCAUGCAAUAACCUUCACCGACGCCAGCGCGGCUGAAAAUGGCCACACCCUCGAGCCACCGGGGCACAUGCUCAGCGAAGUGUUCUCUAAUACUUUUUCCAAUGAAGAGGAGGAGCGUCAGUUUUCCAUGAGACCUCGAUCCAUGUCUCACCAUUUGUCUGCGAAGGAUAUCCCAUCUAGGAGAUGGCUGACAAUCAAGGCAAAGUGGUGGAGAGGCCUGGAAAUGCUAGGCAUGUACUUUCAUAGCUGGGCCUGGCCUCGUCCUGCGAAACCCGCCUUCAAAUGGGGCAUUGAGACAGAGACCGACCCGAUCGAGCUCUAUUUCUAUCUCCCUCCGACAUACGACGAGAUCUUGCAGAGGGAUCCAUCGCACCGGUUUCCUGUGGUCGUCAACUUUCAUGGCGGUGGGUUCUGCUUGGGUGAUGCACAAGAUGACCAAUAUUGGGCUCGGGUCGUUCUUCAACAUACAAACUGUAUCUUCGUCAGCGUCAACUAUCGACGUGCUCCCGAGCACCCUUUCCCCACACCUGUCGACGAUUGUGUCGAAGCACUUGUCUUCAUCGCCGAAAACGCAGAGGAACUGCAUAUCGACCAAACCAACAUUGCACUGUCCGGGUUCUCUGCAGGCGCGAACCUGGCCUUCUCGGCUCCUUUGCGCCUCGCAUAUCAUCGCAAGAUGAAUGGGCUGGAGAAGUUCCGUUCCAGACCCGUAACCUCGCAUAGCGCCGACACCACCGAUACGUACGGUGCGUACAUGACCGACCACGACGAUCAGCACCACGAAUUUCACAAUUUUCUCACUCCUGUACCCUCGGGCUCAGUGCUGUCCACUUCGAACCUAGUUCGCCCAAGGACAGGAACCCCCCUCCAAAUCCGCUCUAUCAUUGCUUGGUAUCCGCUGCUGGAUUGGACCAUGUCCCGAUCACGCAAAAUCAGGGAGUCCCUAAAUCCCAAGAAAUGCCUUUCCAAGACUUUCACCGACUUGUUCGACUUUUCCUACCUGCCCGCACCGGACAUGCACGGCGACCACUGUAGCCCUUACGCCUCUCCGGCACUGGCACCCGACGAAAUGAUUCGGGAAGGCCUGCCUCGCGAUAUUCAGAUGUGGUUAUGUGAGUGGGACAUGCUCCUGCGUGAAGGUCAAUUAUUCGCCGACAGGCUCGACAAUCUGGGCAAGCGAAUCGACCACAAGACGAUACCUCGCGUGCCUCAUGCCUGGGACAAGUCACCAAACCCCUUCCGCGACCAGAAGGCCAUUGAUGUCCUUUAUACGAAAGCCGCCAUGAGCUUGAACCGCGUUUUCCAAGACAGAGACGGAGUUGGUCCCUUCAGUUCGAUGAGCUCGCUUCAUCCCGACGAUCCAAUCAUCCAAAGACAGCCUAGGAGGAGUGUCGUUUUGCCGAUGUGAUCUGACUUGGACAGCUCCCGCAGGAAGGAUCUAUAUAUGAAUCAGCCCAUUGUGGCGAUUGAUACCGGAUUCUCGCUUUAUUCUAGGAGCCGAGGUGAGAAAAAAAAAAGUUGGAAAGUUGCCACUCUCUCCGCGUUCCGAGCCUCGUGGCCCGAUUUGGUGGUCAGCCUUCUCCCGGAUCUUCGGAUACGGAUGGCAGUGUCCAGUCCCGAGAAGAUGUCGUGCAUGGCAUCUCAUCAAACUGGUCAGCAACGGGCUCUCGCGGAUCUGAAUACCAGUCGCUCAUCCAUGAGCCCUGUUAGCCGAGUUGGGAUUUCGUGAGCCACCUGUUGCACCAUGUGCGAAACCUGGUCGCUGCGAGGUUAUAUGCGCUCCAUGUCACAGUGCCAGUCUAUGAGUCACUUUACUUCAUCUCGGUCACGCACAUACUUACAAGUAUACUCCAGCAUGUCGUUGUUACUGUCAGCGUUCUAGCGUCGGUGUCUGGUGUCGAUGGAGUCACUGUUCACGAUCAUCAUGACUUCUUCGAGGCUAUCCGACAGAUGAUAGCCAGAUUUUUCUAUGCUUUCUUUUGCUUUCUUCCGUGUGCAAUAUGAUGGACGCAACCUGAGCGAGAGACACGGGCCCCGGGUGGACGACAUGUCGCGGUCGACGCCAACUGGUGCCUGUGCAUGAGGUACAUGGGCCAUGAGGGAUGAUCUGCAUGCAGAUACGACGGAAUGGAAUGUAUCAAUUGGAAAUAUGUUAGACUUCUAGAGGUUUAGAUACACGCACGAGACUCUGGGGAAAAGUUUGAUAAAGAAUCAUUUCAUUGCCCAACGUCAUGAA